CUGGCGGGAGGGAGGGAACGCGGGCGGGCGGAAGAAGCAGAGCCGGGAAGGGCGGGGGCUCGAGCUCAGGUGAAACUCUUCCUCCUGCUCGCGAGCCAAGAGGAGUUAGGUAUAAGGGGUCAAAGGCUGGAAAAUUGCCUGAGGAUACCAGCGGGGAGAACAAGGAGACCUCAGACCAGGAAGGACACCCUGAGGCAAUCUAAGAGCAACUGUACAGCUGCCGCCAGGUAUUGGGGUCCCCAGGUACCUCAGGAAAAGUUCUUGGCCCAUCUGGCAGCUUCCGGCAUCUUCAGUGAGUGUUACUGUCUGCAGGAGCUGCCCAGCGGUCUCCGCAGACCAACCCCAAACCUGCGCUGACCAGGAUGAGGUAUCUCCGGCCCCUGCGGGUAGAGGUGGGCCUGGUUGUGGCUCUGAGCGCCAUCAUCCUCCUCCUCGUCUUCAGUCUGCACACGUCACCACCCACCUGCCUGGGCCUGAAGGAGCCACUGUCUCUGCCGCCACCUGCACCACCGGUCACCCCCAUGGCUCUGGUCUGGCCCUCGCCACCCUCCCACCCACCACCUGCCCCCUGCCUGGCCAAUACCUCCAUGGCGGCCCUGCAGGACUUCGCGGGGCAGCCGCAGCACAUACGCAACUUCCUGCUGUACAAACACUGCCGCCACUUCCAGCUGCUGCUGGACGUGCCACUGGACAAGUGUGCACAGCCAGUCUUCCUGCUGCUAGUGAUCAAGUCCUCGCCCAGGAAUUACGAGCGCCGGGAGCUGGUGCGGCGCACGUGGGGCCACGAACGCCAGGUGCACGGCGUCCAGCUGCGCCGCAUUUUCCUUGUGGGCACAGACCCCAACCCACUGGAGGCCCGCAAGGUCAACCGGCUGUUGGCCAUAGAGGCGCAGACCCAUGGUGACAUCCUGCAGUGGGAUUUCUAUGACUCAUUCUUCAACCUCACGCUCAAGCAGGUGCUCUUCCUACAGUGGCAGGAGACUCGGUGCACCAAUGCCAGCUUCGUGCUCAAUGGAGAUGAUGACGUCUUUGCACACACAGACAACAUGGUCUCCUACCUGCAGGACCAUGACCCUGACCACCACCUCUUCGUGGGACAACUGAUCUACAAUGUGGGCCCUAUCCGGUCUCCCUGGAGCAAGUACUAUGUGCCAAAGGUGGUGACAAAGGAGGAACACUACCCACCCUACUGUGGGGGGGGUGGCUUCCUGUUGUCCCGCUUCACGGCCACCGCCCUGCGCCGGGCUGCCCCCACCCUCGAACUCUUCCCCAUUGAUGAUGUCUUCCUGGGCAUGUGCCUGAAGCAGGAGGGCCUGCAGCCUGCUUCACAUAGUGGUAUCCGCACAUCUGGCGUUCAGGCCCCCUCCAGCCGCCUGUCCUCCUUUGACCCCUGCUUCUACCGAGAGCUGCUGCUGGUACAUCGCUUCUUGCCAUAUGAGAUGCUGCUCAUGUGGGAUGCGCUGAGCCAGCCCAACCUCUCCUGUGGCAAGCGGACACAGAUCUACUGAGGUGGUGUCAGGGCCCCAGGCCUCAAGGCUCUUGUCUCCAUCCCCAUGAGAAGGGCAACAUCCUCCUCCCAGGAAGCUAAGACCUUUGUCCUCCUAAGUGGGCGGGGCCUAGGAGAUCACCAGGGAGGGUUAGAUGAGUGAAUUGUCUGGCUGGUAAAUUCCUACACAUCAUUCAAACCCCGCCCCCUAGUACUACCCACGCUGUGUUCCAUCAUCCUCCCUAGACUCUCAGCUGGAGGGGUCGUCUUUUUCCCUGGUAGCUAAUGGCAGAAGCACUUCUGCCAGGGUCCCAGCUGCUGCUGCUGCUGUGUCCAUUCCAUUUCAGGCGAUGUCCCACUUCCCAGCCCUGACCUUGAUCAUGGGCUGGACCCUAAGCAGUGACCAGCCUCUCCUUGGUGGUGAACCUGCCAUGGUGAGUGAGUGCCAGCCACGUUCAAGGCCAAUUGAGAACUCCUGGGUCCAUGUGUAGCUGAAAUGAUAAGCACUUUUCAGCUGGGGAAAGAGGGGUUCUGUUUUCCAUCCCUCCCAGGUCUAGGACCCCUCAGAUGGUAGGAGCCACCAGAGGGGCUGUGAACAGGACCGUCCCCUCCCUGCUUGUGGCAGCAAGUGCUCAAAUGGUAGAAGCACUGGGCAGUUAUCUGUCUCAGGCUACAGAGCUUAGAAUUUCUGUAGUCCGUGGCAGGACCCAGUCUCCACACAUGUGUGCCCCAAGAAUUCAGGGAACAGUACUGGGGCCAGAGCAUGUGCACAGACUCACCUCAGUGCCCAGAGAAGAGGGAGAUUCAAGUACUUGGGGGACCUUAGCUCUCUGGACCUAGGACUGGCCCCCACCCCAGUGUAUCUUUCAGAUUGAGGAGAUCCAGGUGAGCUGGUAACCCCUGACCCCCAGCCCUCCUGGCAUCAGACAGGUGCCUGAGACUUAGGCUUCGCAGGCGUUGGGGCAGUGGCAGGGGGACCUCAGAUGGCAGAGUGAGCAUGGCGAGUAGGUCCUCAGGGAAUAAAAUGUUUUGUGAAGACUUAGAGGUCUUUUUUUUUUUUAGUGAUUUACAAGUUUUAAUACAGAUCAGUCUACAUUUAUCCAUAAAAGUCUCAUUUCCAGAAGAAAAUACACAGGAGUGAAAACAGGAUAUGGAUAAAGUAGAGGAUAUCAAAGUUUCUAUCAGGCAGGUCUGACAUCAUCCCUCCCCUGCUCACACACCCUCCAUGGCUCCCUAUUGCCCCCAGCUCAUCCUCUCCCAAGACUGAUGGCAGGCUCAAGAGAGAUUGGCACAGGGGUGAAACAGCUCCUGGCUGCCUGAUCCCACCUGCUUCUGGCAAGACAUCUUCCGAAUCCCAUGCCAGCCACCACGCACCUCCCCUCUCUUCACUGGGCUCACCUCCUCUCCUGCUGAGACAGCAGUUCUAUUGUCCUCUGUCCACUUCCUUAUCUCCCUUCUUUCAGUAUGGAUUGUAUAUCUACUGUGUGCUAUGCGCCUUGCCCUGUACGCCUCCUCCGAGCCCCAUGGGAAAGGUCACUGGGCACUGACUCAGCUUAUUGUGAUGAGACAAACCUGUGAACAAUCAAAUAGGAAGUUACCAUAAAUGGUAAGAGCUUUGAGGAGAAUUAAAAUGAAGACACACAGUGAUCGGGUCAAGCUAGCCAGGAGGUCAAGGGGCUGGGACUGAAGGAGGAGGCUAUGGCCUCGGGGAGAAGUGAAAGAAGGAUGUUCUAGACAGAGGGCAUGGCAAGGCCCUGAGGAGGGAUGAUCUGGAAGCAUUCAAAUUGCAGCCAGGAGGCUGUGGCUGGAGCUUGGUGAGCGAGGAGGAGAUGCAGGAAGAGGAGACAGGAGGUCACAGCAACUAGCCACGUGGGGCUUUGUGGGCUGGGGUGAAGAGACACAGGAUUAUUUUGAAGGUGAUGGCACCUUUGGAGCAAGGAAAUGACAUGAUUGAUUUUUAAGUUUAAAGAAGCCCUGUGGCUCCUGUGGGGACUGUUGGGAAGGAUGGUGGAGGCUGAGGCAGCAUCCAAGCAAGAGGAGGCAAAUCUGGAUGAGGCAGGGGCUGCAGGGGUUUCUACCUGGUAGAUCUGAACGCAUCCUGCCCCUGAUUGCACACCGUCUGUGGCUCCCCAUUGCCCUCAGGCGAGCGUGCUGCUCCCCAGCUGUACUGGAUUGAAUAGUGGCUCACAAAAUUUCACGUUCACCCAGAACCUCAGAAUAUGGCUUUAUUUGGAAAUAGGGUCUUUGCAGAUGUGACUGAGGUGGAGAUGGAGAUGUGAUCAUCUUGGAUUGAGGUGGGCUCUGAAUCCAAUGAGAGUGUCUUUAUAAGAGGCAGAAAUGAGAGGGGAGAGUAUAGCUCAGUGGUAGAGUGUGUUCUCAGCAUGCAGGAGGUCCUGGGUUCAAUCCCCAGUCCUUCUGUUAAAAUAAAUAAAAACCUAAGUACUCCCCCCCAAAAUAAAAUAAAUAAAAUUUAAAAAGAAGGAAAUGAACACAGAGAGAGGCACAGGAAAGAAGACCACGAGAAGGUGGAGGCAGAGCUUACGGAAGCCUUAGGAAAGUAAUAUACAUGUGAACAGAUGACGUCUUCAAAUACCUUGUCAUUUUUUUCAAGAGGGUCGUAUGUCCAGUUCCCAUCUCAGGAUGAAGGGAGGAUGCAAGUGAAAAGAAUGGUGAGAGUUGGAUGAAUAAAUAUUUACUGUGACUCAUUCA